AUGCCUUCUAAAAUCGCAUCAACCUCAAACCCCCAACUGAUAGUACCAACCAAAAACGUCAUUGUCGAUGGAGUACUUCGCUAUCCACCAACUGGUACCAAAGUGCUCAUUAUUGGAGCUGGUGUAGGUGGUUUGAUGACUGCUCUAGAAUGCUGGAGAAAAGGCAUCGAAGUUGAGAUUGUCGAAAAAACAGACGUGGUUUCAGGCCAUGGCGAUAUGUUUGGCAUUGGACCUUCGGGCUGGACUACCCUUCAUCACUAUCCCAGCAUGCUGAAAGAGUAUGAUGAAAUUUCCUGGGAUAGUCGCAUGUCCUUCCAGGCUAGAGAUGGCACGGAAGUAUCGCAGGAAGAGUUCGAGUACAACCGGGAGGGAGUCGAAACAAAUAGCGCCUAUCCACUUCGAAUCAAAACACUUAUGAGUCGUUACCAUUGUGCCCAGAUGCUUCACAGCCAAUGCAAGAGACUUGGUAUUCCUCUUACCUUCAAUGUUGCUAUUGAGAAGUAUGAAGAGGAUAUAACCAAGGGAAAUGCUACUGCAGUAGCACAAGAUGGCCGUCGGUUCACAGCCGAUGUCGUUAUAGCUGCGGAUGGUAUCGGUACUAAGUCUCAUGGAGUCACAUUGGGACGGCCGGUGAGAGCGAUCAAGACAGGAUUUGAUGUCUAUCGUGUAAUGUACCCAACAGAACAGCUGAAAGAUGCACCCGUCGCAGAAGAGAUGGUGCGAAAUCUGGAAAGGCCUAUCAUUAUGCUUCUGCAAGCUGACGAUCUCCAUGUCAUCUCGGCUAUUAGUAAGGAUUAUAUCAUGUUUGGUAUAACCACCAAGGACGAUGACCCGGAUGCAACAGAAUCCUGGUCAUCUACCGUAUCAAACGAGACUGCCUUAUCAAAACUUACAGAACCGGAGAAAUGGAGUCCUUUUAUAAGGGAAAUCAUCCUCCACUCCCCGGAAAAUAGCAUCGUACGAUGGUCAUUGCGCUUCAGAGACCCCCAACCCCAGUGGACUUCAUCAGGCGGGCGCAUCGUUCAGGUUGGUGACAGUGCUCAUAGCUUCUUGCCGAGUUCGGGCAAUGGUGCUGUUCAGGCCCUCGAAGAUGCUGCUUCUCUCCCAGAAUGUCUCCGCCUAGGAGGCAAAGGAAAUGAGGGAGUCGCAACUAAAGUUCACGAACUACUGCGGUAUCAGCGCGUGUCGCUCAUUCAGCAUACGGGCUUUGUCAACAUGCAGUAUGUCCAUCGUGACGUUAGCAAAAUGAACCCAAAGGGAAACCCGCCGAUGCUACAAGGGAAGUGGCUUUGGGGGCACAAUCCGGAGAAGUACGCGACUGAGAACUUUGCUAAGGCGAGAAGCCAUCUUGAAAAUGGAAGCCCUUUCGAGAACACCAACCUGCCUCUCGGGCACAAGUGGAGUGACUGGACUAUGGAGGAUGAACUCGCCAAGCACAAGGCCGGUAUCAACACGGAGGAACUGCUCAAGAACAAUGGCGAUUGGGGCUUAUAUUGA